AAAGAAGACGCGGCAGAGAGACAGCGGCUGAUUCAAAGGAAUCCGACAAUCGUUCUGGAUGGUACUGGUAAACGUAAACAAACAAAGUCGUAUUCAACUCCGGGAGACGGGAAGCUAAGGUAGAAUUGUUCAUUGUAGCACAGUAGCAGUGCCAUGGAUGGGUAUGGAGACGCUCAUCGUUAUUUCUUACAGCACAUAAUAGCAAAGAGAAUCUUAUCAGCAUCUGAAGUUAAAAGCACUUAUCAGUUAUGCUGCAGCAAGUUUGGUGUUGACCAAGACAGUGACUUGAAAACAUUUGUCAUGAAAAUAAAUCACCAUAUAACACCCAUGGGGCUAGCUAUCAAAAAAUAUUCCCAAGAAGAUUUUCAUAGUAGUUCUCAGUGUUUUCUUCUUGUGAAUACAUGGAAUACUGAAGCUACCAGACGUGCCUCAUCCUUUACACAGCAAGAGUUUAGUUUUCUUCGAAAAUUAAUUGAUGCAAUGGUAAACUCAGGAGGUACAAUAAAUUUAACAGAAGCUACAAACUUGGCAACUCAGGCAGAACCAAAGAUGAAACUUAGUGAUGGAGAAGCUUUUAUUAACCGUCUCAUUAAGAACCAGUGGCUUUUACAGGAUGAGGAUGAGGGCAAUAUAUGUUUGAGUGCUUUAUCAUAUGCAGAACUCCAUACAUAUUUAGAAGAUACCUAUGGGGACAUGAUACCAAAAUGUGUCUUGUGCAAACUCAUAACAUUUUUGGGUUAUGAAUGCCCAUCUUGUGAAGCAAAGGUCCAUCGAAUGUGUGCUGAAGUAUUUUGGCAAAAAGUAAAGUCACCAUGUUGUCCUGAAGCUGACUGUAAAGUUACUUGGAAUCACAUAGAAAUUAAUACUACAAAACGUCUAAGAUCAUAGGCAGAGAGUGCAACUGUUUUCACUGCCUUGUGUUAUAUUUCAUGUUUUUAUGUAUAAAGAUUAUUAAGGAGAUUAGUUUUAUACAUAACCUUAAACAGUCGACCCCUGGUAUUAGAGGUAGGCACCUGCUGUUGCUGCUGCUUCAUGCUGAUGUUGGCAUUGUUAUAGGGCCUCAGUAACCUAUCAAGGCCCUUUGUGAACUUUUAGAGCAUUCCAUAAACUGUAUGUUCCACAGAAAAAUACAUGACUAACUGAAGUUGUGAAUGCUGAACCGUGAUAUAGCAGGGGUCCACUGUAUUAGAGAUUUGUUAAUUUUUUGCAUUAUUUACUUUUUCAUUGUCCAAUAUACCAUUUUAUUUUACCUACAUUUUACAGUUUUUGCGGGAUGUUUUCAGUUUUCUAUUUGGUGACAAGUUAUGAAAUUUUAUUUUCUUUGUAACAUCUUGAAUACUACUGAAAUGCUGUAAUACCGAUGUGUGGUCAGUCAAUAGUAGAGCUGAAGCAGUUGUGAAAGGAUAAUUUGUAUUACAAUAUGAAGUAGAGAUUGGUGUUUAAUUAUCUUGAAAAAAGUACAAUGUAUAUGUAGGUAAUAGCUGUUUUCUUCACAAACUUUAUUUUAAUAAAAAUUGGUACCCAA